UUUAUUUUAUAUAAUCUUAAUAAAAUCUUUUUUAUACAAAAAUUUUAAAAUGUGUACUUUUUAUCGCGACCAAACUCAUGAGUGUCCAGGCAGAGCUGUAUGGAUGACUACAAAGGCUUUAAAUAUGGAUAUAGAGUCUGUAAGCAUUAAUUUAGAGAAAGGGGAACAUAAAACACCAGAAUAUUUGAAGAUGAAUCCAUUUCAUACUGUUCCUAUGUAUAAUGAUAAUGGAUUUGUUCUUUUGGAAAGUCGUGCAAUUAUGAAAUAUCUUGCCGAUAAAUCUGGUGAAACCUCCUUAUAUCCUAAAGAUGCAAAAAAACGAGCUUUAAUUGAUAGCAGAUUAGAUUUUGAUCUAGGAAAAUUUUGGCCAGCUUUGAAAGAAUAUGCGUACCCUCAAGUCUUGCAGAAUAAGCUCCCGAAUCCUGAAAGAGAAAAUGAUAUGAUUGAUGCUUUGGAUAAUUUAGAAUUACUAUUGAAUCAGAGCAAAUAUAUUGCAGGAAAUCAAAUGACACUAGCUGACAUUUCGUUGUUUUGUAAUGUUUCAUUUUUGUGGAUGUCAAAAUAUGAUUUUGGAAAAUACCCAAAAAUUCGUGCUUGGUUUGAAGGAAUGAUAAAAUUGCCUUAUUAUAAAGAAACUAAUCAAGAUUUUAAUAAUUGGAUACAUACUAAAACUCCCAUUAAAGGACAAUAAAAAUUGUGAAUUAAUAAACAACUUUAUUGAUUAUAUUUAUUUAACAAAAUGCUUUAUUUUUCUAAAAAAAAUUUUAAAAAUUAAUCUUUUACUUGCUAAUCCCAAUGAAAAAAUUAAUUUGUAUUCAUUAAUAAUUAAAUAUGUGUAAAUUUUUAGAUGACAUUUUAAUACUUUUUUAAAAGAAUUUUGAUCUAAUAAAUUGAUAUCUAAU